AGCAAAACGGAGGCUGGAAGUAGCGCUUUUUUUUCCGUGUACAUACUUAGUACAAACGCACUUUUAAAAUCUUCUUCUCAUGCACUGCACUGCAUUUGACCCAUAACACCAACUAUAAAUAAACAAAUAUUAAUUAUAACAUAACAUUACAUAUCAAUUCAGUCACGCUCAUCCUCAUCUCCCUCUCUCUUUCCAAAUCCUGCUUCCAAAAAGAAUCUAGGGUUUCAGACUCUCUCAUUCUUCACCACCUUAAGAACAUGCUCCAAAACCAACGAGGCAAUAUGAUAUUUCGUGUUUUCAUUACAAAAGAAGGGGUUAACUAAUUUUCCAGUAUUAUGGCAACCGAGAGUCCAAUCAGGAUCUCUGAAGCUGGGGGGAAAUGGCCGUCUCUUAAGGAAGCUGCAACUUUUGGUUCACCAUCUUCCCAUCACAUGGCAACAGAGGAUUUGGGGAUACUUUUGAAGGGCCAUGGAUUUCGAGGCAGUGGAAAGGAUGUGGUACCCAAUCGCAGUGGCAGUGCACCUCCAAGCAUGGAGGGCUCAUUUCUGGCAAUAGAAAAUCUACUAUCCCAGAACACCACCCGGAAUGCGAGUUUGGGAUUGCAGAACAGAGCUAUGCAAAAAUAUGAUAGCAGUAAAGGUUCUUUUCAUUUGUCACGAGGAACUCUUGCAACACACAAGGAGGAGUCUGAGGAUGAUUCGACUCAACAGCUGUAUGAUAAUGAAUUUGAUAAGACUAGUGGAAAAUGGCAUAGACAGGAUGCAGCUUCAACGUCAUCUCAGCUCAAAAAUCUAGUACUGGAAGAUCUUCCCCCUUCCAUGUCACCUGUAUAUAAUAAAUCUCUUGGAGUUGUGGAUGAGCUGAUCAGUUCUUCUCAUGACUCUCCUAUCGCCACACUAGAUGCUGCAAAACCUACCAUAGGUGCAGAUGAUUUAAGGCUGACAUCAACUGUUGUUUCCCCUGCCCCUGUCACAAGUUCAUCACCUCUCAGCUUCACUGGAAGCAUGGGCUUUAGUGAUUUAGAUGUUACAAUCAUGGAAUCUCAAUUAAGGGCUCUUAGUGUAUCUAAUCUACCAAAUUCAGAAAGCCAAAGUUAUGAUGAUAAAUGGAAAAAUUGCGUCCAGAAUAAUUUGACGCAACAUCACCAACAAAACAAUCCAUGUGAAGUUCCUAGCACCAAUUCUCAAAAUGAAAAAAGUGCAUAUGUUGGUAUGGAACAGUUUCUUCACAAGCCCCAUCACAAUUUGUCUGAUGUCCAGCCAGUACUGCAGCCAUCAGGGUUUACACCACCACUAUAUGCUACAGCAGCAGCUUAUAUGACCUCAGCAAAUCCAUUUUAUGCUAAUUUGCAGGCUUCAGGGAUAUAUUCUCCCCAAUACGUAGGUGGAUACCCUUUUAAUGCCGCAGCUGUUCCUCCAUAUAUUGCUGCAUACCCUCCUCAUGGUGCUGUACCACUUGUUGAUGGGGCUACUGGUUCUAGUUUUACUCCCCAAGCAGCAGGGGUUUCUACUGCAGGAAGCAUUUCACAUGGAGCUGAGAUGAUACACUCAAACAAGUUUUUUGGACAAUUUGGAUUUCCUCUUCAUCCUUCUUUCAGUGAUCCACUUUACAUGCAAUAUCAUCAGCAACCUUUUGUGGAAGGAUAUGGUGUUUCUAGUCAUCCACUGGCACCUAGAGCAAGUGUUGGUAGCCAAAUUGGCCUCUUUGAUUCCCAAAAAAGGCCCCAUAGUGGUGUGUACUUGGAUGACAAAAAAUUACAUCAUCAGAGAAGUGGUGCUAAUUUGAACUCUAAUAGAGGUGGGCUAAUGAUGCCAGGUUAUUUUGGACAGCCUUCAAAUAUGGGUUUUGUAGCCCAGUAUCCAAGUUCACCACUUUCGAGACCUGUUCUAUCUGGAUACCCAGAAGGCAGUCCUGGCCUUCUAGGUGGAAGGAAUGAAAUGAAACUCUCUCCAGCUUCUGGGAAAAAUGGAGGUUUAAUGUCUGGAUGGCAAGGUCAGAGAGGCUUUGACAGUGCUCAUGACCCCAAAGUUGUUAUUUUUCUAGAAGAAUUAAAAUCUGGCAAGGGUCGCAGAUUUGAGCUGUCUGAUAUUAUUGGACAUAUUGUUGAAUUUAGCACUGAUCAGCAUGGGAGCCGUUUUAUACAGCAGAAGUUGGAAAUUUGUGGUGUCGAAGAGAAGGAACUAGUGUUCAAAGAGGUUCUUCCACAUACUUCUAAACUAAUGACUGAUGUAUUUGGCAACUAUGUAAUCCAGAAGUUUUUUGAGUAUGGAAGCCCUGAGCAGAGGAAGGAACUUGCAAAUAGACUUCUCGGUCAGAUACUGCCUUUAAGUCUGCAGAUGUAUGGCUGUCGUGUAAUCCAAAAGGCACUUGAGGUUAUCGAUCUUGAACAGAAAGCUCAGCUUGUUUAUGAGCUGGAUGGACAUGUUAUGAGAUGUGUUCGUGACCAAAAUGGGAAUCAUGUAAUACAGAAAUGCGUUGAAUCUAUUCCAACCAAAAAAAUUGGCUUUAUAAUAUCUGCAUUCCGUGGGCAAGUUGCUAUUCUAUCUAUGCAUCCCUAUGGUUGCCGAGUCAUACAGAGAGUCCUAGAGCAUUGUUCAAAUGAAGUUCAAUGUCAGUUUAUUGUGGAUGAAAUCUUGGAGUCAGUUUUUACUCUUGCUGAGGACCAGUAUGGCAAUUAUGUUACUCAGCAUGUGUUGGAGAGAGGAAAGCCUCAGGAAAGGAGCCAAAUUAUUAGCAAGCUGUCAGGACAUAUUGUACAAUUAAGCCAGCAUAAGUUUGCAUCAAAUGUUGUUGAGAAAUGUUUGGAGUAUGGUGAUGCAACUGAACGGCAGUUGUUAAUUGCAGAGAUUGUUGGACAUGACAAACAAAAUGAUAAUUUAUUGACAAUGAUGAAAGACCAAUUUGCAAAUUAUGUGGUCCAGAAAGUUCUUGAGAUCUGUUCUGAAAAUCAGCGAGCAAUGUUACUUUCUCGCGUAAGACUUCAUGCUCAUGCUUUGAAGAAAUACACUUACGGAAAGCAUAUUGUGGCUCGGUUUGAACAGCUACUUGGAGAAGAGAACCAAACACCUGGAUCAUGAUGGCAAUAGAGAGAGGAUCAUGUACGAUGCUUCCGUGGCACCGCAACUAACAUGGAUUCUGUAUAACGGGAGAUAGAUUAGACAACUGAUCUUUGGGCCUCCUAAUAAACCUUCGCUACUACUCCCGAGGCUUCAUAUCUUCUGCGCCUUGGUAGUUUCAACAUUCGUGGCUUCGAUAAAUAUUGGUGUAUGCAUACAUGUGAAACUUGAUGUAAUUAUGUCAUUUAAGUAAUUGGUUUGUAUUAUGGUUUGAGUGCAAUUAUUUGGAAGGAAAUCCUUCCACAUGUAAAUUUACUGGAAGAUCUCUGCUUACUGUGGUUUUCUAGAAAAGGGCUAGGUACAGUCAAGGAUUCUUGUUUCUCAA